AUGCGCCGCAAGGCGAUUCUCGCACCGCCCGACCGCCGGAUGGGGAUGGACAUGGCCAAGACCGUCAUGAUCGUAGAAGACAAUGAGCUCAAUAUGAAGCUCUUCCGCGAUAUCAUCGAGGCCAGCGGCUAUGAGACCGUGCGCACGCGCAACGGCCUGGAGGCGCUCGAUCUGGCGCGCGCCCAUCGGCCCGACCUGAUCCUGAUGGACAUCCAGUUGCCCGAAGUGUCGGGUCUUGAGGUCACCAAAUGGCUCAAGGCUGACGACGACCUGCACACCAUUCCGGUGAUCGCGGUGACCGCCUUUGCGAUGAAGGGCGACGAGGAACGCAUCCGCCAGGGCGGGUGCGAGGGCUAUAUGUCCAAACCGAUUUCGGUUCCUAAGUUUAUCGAAACGAUUAAGUCCUAUCUUGGCGAGGCUUGA